GACGAAACCUUUAAGACUAAAACCAAUGUUAUUAGAGACACCAGCAGUCCAGACUACGACGAACGCUUUAAGGUUGACAUUCAGCGGGGCAAUCGUCAGUUCCAGAGGAUCUUCAAGCGCCAUGGCGUCAAGUUUGAAAUAUAUUCCAGGGGGGGAUUCCUGCGAUCGGAUACUUUGAUUGGAACCGUAAAUGUUAAGCUGCAGCCGCUGGAGACCAAGUGUGAUAUUCAUGACACAUACGAUCUAAUGGAUGGUCGAAAGCAGGUGGGAGGCAAACUGGAGAUCAAAGUGCGCGUUCGCAAUCCCAUUCUUACCAAGCAAAUGGAGCACAUCAACGAAAAGUGGCUUGUCUUGGACGCUUAGGGUGAACACGAUUUAUAUUAGAAAUUAUUUGCUUAAAGCAAGAAAAAGUUACUAAGUUAUUAAUUUGUAUAUAUCCCCCACUGGGAAUUAAAAAUAUCUAUAUACGCUUUAGCCGUUUCCACUAAAGGAUAAAGGCAUUUAUAUAUUACGAACACAACACAGAUAAUGUACUAUAAAUAUCUUUAUAUAUAUAUAUAUAUAAUGUAUGUAUAUAUGAUAUUGCCGGCGUUAAGGCGAAGGCGCAAGUCCAGAAGAUUGUGCCGGUGAAAUCAGUCCAUUCCUAGAGAGACAGAUAGAGAGUAGAUAGGUCCACAAGCGCCUAGCCGAAACCUGAUUAUGUUUGCUUUCACUUUGUUUAAAUAUGUUCUUUUGAUUCAUAAACUGUUUGUUGAACUACAACUCCA